AAACUUGUCGGCUACUCUAAUGACAGUCAAUUUACUAUAAGAAUUUUUGCUAAUUAAAAUAGGUUUGCAAUAAAAUUAACGUAAUAUUGUUACUAAAAGCUAUUCUAAUACAUAAAACACAGGUUUUCUCAAUAAAAUUCUUACAAAAUAUGUUACCCGUAAAGAAAAAAUGACGGUUUAUUAUCGCAGUUUCUGUUACGAUUUUGCAUUUGUAUUAUUCGGUUUUAUUGUGAGAAAUAAACAUUAAAAAUGAGGUGCUGUGUUCCUGAUUGCAAGAAUGAUUCGCGACAUAUAUCCAAGUCUCAGGGAAUUACAUUUCACACAUUCCCCACCGAGCCGGCACUGCGUACAGCGUGGCUCAAAGCUCUCGGCAAGGAGGCGUGGGAGCCCAAAGAUAGGAGCGCGGUGUGCUCCGAACAUUUCCUCUGCGAAGAUGUGUAUGAAACUGAGGGUGGGCUGCGGAGAGUCAGGGUCGGUGCGGUGCCUAUGAUUCUACAGGAUUCGAAUAUCUGUGAUUCCUAUGGAGAACCUGUUAGUUUGAAGGUUUGCCGAAUAUGUCUCGAUAUGGAUUCCAAAUUAGUACCAUUAAGAUCAUACCAGCUAGAGCAGGCGUUUGAAAAUGUAACUGGAUUGUCGCUCUGCACAGAAGAUAGGCUACCGCAGAAGUUGUGCACGGAAUGUGUGCACAGACUCCUGAACUGUGAUAAGUUUCGUCUAAAGAGUCUAAGAUCUAACGCUUUACUUCUAGAAGUUAUUAGAAAGCAGAAUUAUCUUACAGAAGAAAAUAUCAAAUCUAUAAACAGAAGAAAUAACCAACUCACAACUAAUUUAGUCACAACCCACUUUGAAACAAACCACUGCGACUUCUACAUAGAAUACACUGAACCGCCACCAAUUAUAGAAGAAAAACAAUGCGACAUUCAAAUCAAAGAAGAAAACGAAAUCUUCUUAAGCGAAGAAGUACAUGAGAAAGCAGAUUUAGAUGACACUCUAUUUGAAGACAAAGAAUUCUCCGACAAAGACUUUUCUCUAGACAACGACAAUAAUUAUUCUACAGACGAUAACUUACCUCUAGAAGUAUGCAAGACCAAGAAGGCAAAGAAGAGAAAAGUUAAGGAGAAAAAGGCUAUAAAAGAAGUUAAGAAAGUUAAAAAGGCUAAGGAAGUAGUAGAGCCUAAGAUUGAUAGGAGAAGAAAGCCUUUUUUGAACGAUGAUUUGAAUGAAACUCUUUUUACAAUAACAGAUUUGUCUUUUGAAGAGCAGAUUGCUGAGAUAGUGAAAAGACAAGAGAGUUCGAAUUAUAAGAACUCUGUGUUUAAAUGCACUGAUUGUUUUAAAGGAUUCUUGGAUGAAGACGCUUAUAACAGUCAUAUUGUUAGGCAUACUAAUCAAUGUGGCGAGCAUGAAUGUGAAAUAUGCAAGACGCAUUUCAAGCAUCCGCACGCUUUACGCAAACAUAUAACUGCCCACCAUACUCAAAGGUUUAGCUGUAAGCAGUGCACGUAUGUGACAACGCACAGACAAACAGCCAGACUGCACGAGCGAUGGCAUAAAGGCACCAAGUAUAGAUGUCCGCACUGCCAAGAUGAAUUCGUUAAAUUCACGACUUACAUGGGACAUAUACGAAUCAAGCAUCCGUCGGAUUUUGUGUGCGAGCUCUGCGGGUACUCGUUCGUGAGCGCUAAAGGGAUAGAACUACAUAAGAAGCUCAAACAUCGACUCGAUGAUUCACAAAUCCCCGAAGACGGUCCGUUGUGUGAACUAUGUAAUGUACGUUUCAUAUCUUCGGAGGCGCAUAAACGACAUCUCAGCGUGUCAGCCAGACAUAACACGGGUACAGACAAAGAUGCAAGAGAAUCAAAUAAACCGAAGAAGGGUCGGAAAUCGAAAGAGAUGAAAGAGAACGAGAGGAGAUCGCGGGAAAAGGACAAAGAUAGUGAUGAAAAGAGACGCAUGUAUCCCAGUCAGAUGCGGAAGGCUGAGGGGCCUAUACCUUGUGAACAGUGUGGCUUACAACUAGAAGAUUCGAGAGCCUACCACGGCCACUUCAGACGAAUGCACCCGGACAAGAAUCGAACCAACUACCCGUCUAUGAAGUCGCCGUGCAUGUGCGAAGUUUGCGGGAGAAUGUUCCAAAGCUACGCCCUCCUAAAAGACCACACAUGGGUGCACACGGGCGAGCGGCCAUUUAAAUGCGAUUCCUGCGGCAAGUCGUUCCGCAUGAAACAACGCCUGGUGGCGCACCGCCGCGUCCAUAGCCAACAACGCGCGAGUUACGUCUGCGCGCUCUGCGGGAAGCACUUCUCCACGCAUAGUAAUAGGCAGCGGCACAUGUUUAUACACACGGGCCUGAAGCCGUUCAAAUGUGAGAUGUGUGGCAAAGGCUUCAAGCACGCCAGUGAGAAACGUGCGCACAUCACGUACGUACAUCUAAAGAAGCCGUGGCCGAAACGGGCCAGGGGCAAGAGAAGACCGGAUACUAGACAGGGCCAGUUACCUCAAGCAGGCCAAGAUAUGGACCUCCAAACCCCCAUGUGGCCUCCGUGUGACCCCAAGAUGAAUGAAAUGGGACCCCUAAUAGACGAUAAGCCAGUUUAUUAUAAUUUAAAGAUUUGAUUCUGUCUUUUAAGGUUCAAAUUUUUUAUACAAUCAUUGCCACACACUAGGAUUUGCUCCUGUGUCGUAGGCAAAUACAAAGAGGAGAUGUCAUAACUGGAUUUCCCUUUAACAUAAUGCGUGACACUUUACGGGGAGCGCGGGACGUUACAAACCACGCCCCUCUCUAUGUCCCAUCUAGCGGUCCCAUACUACAAACACGUUGCCAAUUGUCCACAUUUUAAUGUACCACUUUCUGAGCGCUUAUAACCUAUCUACACCUGUUUACUUAUAAUAUCAUUGGACAGGGCCGUGUUUGUGUCACAGUGCACAAUCACAUUAUGGCAUCUCCUCUUUGUACUUGCUUUAUGG